GGUGCACAGGUGCACUGCACUAAAUAGGAGGGAGGGAGGGUUCGCUUUCCUGCUUAAAGAAGCCGCACCCACUUUUACCAACAACAACAACAAAAAAAGAAGAAAAGAAAAAAAAAAAACCCCCCAGCGCAACAAUGGUGAGAUUGGGGAAGACGUUACUGAAAGAAGCAGCUAAUGGAAUCGGCAAGACUCUAUCUGGAGUCCUGGCCUGCCCACUCUCCAAGCAGCCAUUGAGGUAUUGCAAGGAAACCAAUUCCCUCAUCAGUGAUUCAAUUGGCGUCUCCUAUCCUAUGAAGGAUGGGAUCCCUUGCUUGGUUCCUCGAGAUGGAAAGAUAGUUGGAGGUGAUGACAAUGAUGGACACAAUGGAGAUCCCGCUACAAUCCAAUCCACUGACUAG